GAAGCAGCACGCGAAACAGCACGCUUGUUCGUUCCGUUCUCGAGCGACCAAUGCCGAGCUCCUCACGCCUUUGAUCACGCAUACUACGAUCACACAGUCAGCGAUUAUCUCCUCGGCCCAAGCAGUCCAAGAUACGCAUCUUUGAAAGCGCAACCAGAGCCACGAAAGAACACCCUAUCCUCAUAGGAAGCAAGCAAGCAGCUGUCGACAGCACGAUACGGCUUUCUCCCUGUUCUUGUGCUGGGCGCACUGGCAUUGCUACCGCACGCUAUCGAACCAACAGAUUCCCUCUAUUAUUCAUCCUGCUCAUCUCAUAUCCAUGAUGACAUUAUUCUGGACCAGAGCACCUACAAUGUUAGUGCUUGCAAUGCUUCAUACUGCAACGCGGACAGGAGGGAAAAUUACGGUAGCUACGGAUUCCACAACCUCGUCUCCAACGGACAUUAUGACCGUGAACGUUUCUUAUAUUGAGACUACUACUAUUUCGGCUACGUUCAGUACAACGACAGGUAUGCAAACUACGGCGACUGGUAUGACAACGAAUGCAGGAACAACUUCGCCAAGUAUGACGAGUGUUUCACCAGUCAACAGAACUGGUAGUUCAACAGAUAUGACAUCAAGCAUGAUGAUGUCUGCAUCAUGGAGUGCAACGGGUGGUGCAACAGGAACUGCAACGGGUAGUGCAACAGGAACUGCAAGGGGAACUGCAACGGGUACUCCAAUGGGAACUGGAACGGGUACUCCAAUAGGAACUGGAACGGGUACACCAAUGGGAACUGGAACGGGAACUCCAAUGGGAACUGGAACGGGUACUCCAAUGGGAACUGGAACGGGUACUCCAAUGGGAAAUGGAACGGGCACUCCAAUGGGAAAUGGAACGAGUACUCCAAUGGGACAUGGAACAGGUUCUCCAAUGGGAACAGAAACUGGUAUGACAACAGCCUACUCAUCUAGCAUAUCGUCAAGCACGCCGUGUGAUCUGUCACCAAACUGUUCAGGAGGUUUUGACAUCAUCAAUGUUACGAUAUUUGAUGACAACCUCACCAUGUCUACACCAGACGUCAGCGUGACAACCCUUACACCGUUUUAUACUUCGAUUGACCCAAACAACGCUAUGCCAGAAAGCAAGCCAUACCCUACAGAUUAUGAAGUCUGCAAUACAUCUUUCUGCGUCGCUGAAGGUACCGCGCUGAAUAAUUCCUUCAGUUCAUGCUGCGAGCCUUGUGAAAAUUUUUACGGUUAUGUCUGCCGGGAAGGCUGGCCAAUCAUUACAAGCCCGAACUACGUAGAAGACGAAGACCAUACGGGUUAUGACACCAUACUUGCUCGAGGUAUUGAGACGAAAAUAAGACAAGUGUUAGAUGCUACGACGCAAGGAUAUCCCUCUCCACUGCAGUCUCUAUGGAGCUCGUGCAAGGCGAAGAUACAAACCCCACCGACCGCAGAGAUACAGCGCAUACUAACAUCUCUGGGCUGCAACCCUAUCUGGACCCAACUAACUGCGGACGACGUCUUGGAAACGGUGGGGAACAUCAUGAACAGAAUGGACAUUUCACCUUUGCUUUUCUUCGAGAUUGACAGAGACCCGAGCAGUAACAAGUGGAUUCUGAGCUUGGCUGGACCAGAUGUCCUCAUCAGCACUCAGCGUGUGGAAAAUGACAGAACGGCAGCAAUAACCGAGUUUACAAACCUGGCCUGUCUUUACUUUCGCCUGACUCACGGAACGACUGAUCAAGACCUAUGCGAAGGAGUGGCCGAAAUUGCAGUGACGAUAGCCGAGACCAGUACCUUAAAAAAGCACCCAGUUUUCAAGGCGGAGAACUACCAAAUCUUCCAUUACUGGCAGCUCCAACAUAUCCACAAACUCAUGAAUACAGUUAUGGGGCCAAGCUUUGCUUUCACCGCGACGACUCGAAUACUGGUGAAACUACCUUCCUUCGUGAACGUGACUCUAAAGCAGCUACUCUCAACACCGGAACACGUUUACAACUACUUGGCAUUUCACAUGGUGGUGUUCAUGGCUCCUUUCCUGGGUAUUAAUGAGCUUCUACCUACAACCUUGUUCACCCUCAGUGGUAGAAAGUGGAGAAAACCUGCCAAGUGGAGAGUUUGUGUGCAUCUGAUCAACAAGCUUCUGCCCACACUAGUGACACACACAUUCUCGAGUCCAUUGGCGGGUGCCAAAGGGUUCUACGAACUUAUGGGUGACGUUAUGGCCGAAGAAAUCCGUGCUGCUUUCCUGGAGUCCAUUCCCGAUAUCAGAUUUCUCGACCUGUGGAGCAGAAAUAUUGUUUUGACGAAGGUCAAGAACAUACAAGUCUACACGUUCUUCCCUUUACGGCUCUCAACCACCGGACAAGUCGUCGCUUACGAGAGCGAAGUAGGUGCCGCAGUGCCAGAUUACCGCAACAACUCUCUGGCAUACUUUUUAGACGUCAGCCAGUAUGUCGCCGGCUCGUGGAAACAAGAAGGCCGACUGCGUUAUUUUCAUAAGAGGUGGAGACGAUCUAUUUUUGAUACCAAGUGCGAAUACAUAUUUUCCGACAAUGCCAUAAUUCUUCCUGUGGGUUUAUUCGACUUCGCUAUACCCACAUCAGCAAGAGAGAAGAUGUUUCAUAUCCCAAGAAUUGGCCCUCGGAUAACGGAAUGUUUAUUUCAAGUAGCGUUCGAAUCUGCUAGCUAUUAUAACCCAGACGAGCUUUUAUGGACAGAAGAUUCAAGGAGCCGUUAUCAAGACACACUUGACUGCUUUGCAAAACAAUACAGCUACGAAAAAUAUCAAUUAUCUGAACUCUACACGGCUGCUCAGGACAAUGCUGCGAUCCUCGUGUCUUAUAAAGUAUUUUUCGAUCAGUUAUUUACUAUCAGAUAUUUCAAUAAAGAUUAUCAGCUCCAAGGGCUGACAAACGUUACUGCGAGACAGCUGUUCUUCAUCUACUACGCACGGGGAUUCUGUCGAAUAGGGAACCAAAAAGUGAAAACUGAGCAUGAAAACAGGGUGAACAUACCUCUGAUGAACAGCAACGAAUUUGCUGAAGCAUUCGGAUGCCCCGUCUCGUCCGAAAUGAACCCUGUUGAGAAAUGUUAUAUUUGGGAAUAGCUAUAAAGUGCUAUAUAGUGGGAAUA